GAUGAAUUUUCUCCUCGUGAAUCAGCUGAUCAGGAAACUCGCUGAAUGUUGCAAACACACGAUGUGUUAACCACAAGCAGCUAAAAUCACAUUUUAACAAUGGUCUAUUUAAAAGCGGAAGCACAGGAGGAUGACAGUGAUCACCAACACAGUCUUUAACGGAUUAAUUUGAGCUAACGUGGUUUUGUUUUUGCAGUAGGCAGGACUGAAUAGCUUCACCAGUGGGCAUCUGUUCCAAAUUUGUCAGUGAAGCAACAUCAUGGAUCCCUUGGGAGCUCGUUCCCAGUUUGUGGAGGUCCAGAGUCUCUACACAUGGGAUCAGCCUCAGGGAGUCCAAGAUGAGGUGGAUGGAGAAAACCACUUGAGGGAGGAGGAAGACACGCUGACAAAUCAUGUCGACUUCUUAACGUCCCCUUUCCCCUUCAGACAAGACAUUAACAGCAAGAUUGUACUAUUUAAUGGAGAUGUGGCAUUUUUAAACUGCACUGCAAUCGUCAAUACCAGCAAUGAGACCCUAACGGACAAGAACCCCGUAUCAGACAGUAUCCACAGAUAUGCCGGACCUGAACUACGGGAUGAACUACUCAAACUGAAAGGAUGUCGGACCGGUGAGGCAAAAAUGACAGAGGGUUUCAACUUGGCUGCACGCUUUAUCGUUCACACAGUUGGACCCAAAUAUAAAGCCAAGUACCGGACAGCUGCAGAGAGUUCUCUAUACAGCUGUUACAGAAACGUCAUGCAGUUUGCCAAGGAACAUGCCAUGGUGUCUGUGGGUUUGUGUGUGGUCAGCACAGUCAAAAGGGCAUAUCCACUGGAGGACGCCACACAUAUAGCUUUAAGGACUGUUCGUAGAUUUCUAGAGAAUCAUGGUGAAAACAUUGAGACAGUGGUGUUUGCUGUUUCGGAUGUUGAGGAGCCAGUGUACAGGAAGUUAAUGCCGUUGUAUUACCCACGCUCAAAGAAAGAGGAGAGAAUCGUUCUGCCUCUCCUCCCUGCCGACAUUGGCAAUUCUGAGGGGGAGCCCGUGGUCCCAGAGAGACAGAUCCGCAUUGCUGAAAAGCCUGGAAAUCUAGAGGAUGACUCUGGGGAUGAUUCACUAGAAUCCGACCUGGGGCUGGUAGGAAGUCAUGCAUUUGCUCGUAUGGAAGGGGAUGUGGAUAAGCAGCGUAAACUCAUCCUUCAGGGCCAAAUUUCGGAAGCAGCUCAGCAGAAACAGCACCAAAGGAACUAUAACCGCUGGCUUUGCAGAGCUCGUGCAGAGGACCUCUCAGACAUAGCAGCAUUAAAGGCACUAUAUCAGACCGGUGUUGAUAUGUGUGGUAGAACGGUCAUGGUUAUUGUCGGCAGGAAUAUUCCAGUUACACUUAUUGAUAUGGAGAAGGCUUUGCUGUAUUUCAUCCACGUGAUGGACCAUAUCACAGUGAAGGAGUAUGUGAUGGUGUAUUUCCACACACUCACCGGUGAACACAACCACCUGGACACGGACUUUCUCAAGAAGCUCUAUGACAUUGUGGAAGCCAAGUUUAAGAAAAACCUAAGGGCUUUCUACUUCGUUCACCCGACGUUCCGCUCCAAGGUCUCUACGUGGUUCUUCACGACUUUUAGUGUAUCAGGUCUUAAAGAGAAAGUCCAUCACAUAGAGAACCUGCAGCAGCUCUUCACCUGCAUCCAUCCUGAGCAGAUCGACAUCCCUCCUUUUGUCAUGGAGUAUGACACACGGGUUAAUAGCCCCUAUUACUCGGCUCAGUCCUCAGGCCUGUGAUGGUGGUCAGAUAAACCCAGCACUGAGGAGUUCGACUGAACCAGCCUUCUUUUCACCGGACAGACUCUCAACCCGACGAACCCGACUCUUGACAUGAACUCAAGAUCGAGUGCGUCUCUGCCGUUCCUGACUUGCUACAUUUUCUCUGUGACAGUGAGAGACCGUUGAUCAAUAAUGCUGUAUAAACACAACCUGCUGUGAAACCUGCUGAACGUGCCACAGACUUGUACCAAGCCUAAAUGUCAUUGAAGGAACCUCUGGCUUGACCGAAGCUGUUCUUGAACAAGGUAUGGGUGUGUGUGGUGUGGAUGAAGAGACUGCAUUUUACAAACGUACGA